UCUCACGCUCCGCACAACUCAAUUACUUGGAACUCCGCCUCCUCCACCUUUUCUCCUAAAAUCGCCCUAAACCCUUUUUCUCUCUAAAACCCCAUUCGAAACCAAACCAUGAAGACAGUCCAAAGCCGGGUACUCUCCUCCGACCCAAUCUCUCUCUCCGACGCCACCUCCUUCCUCUCCGACUUCAACAGGUCCGUCUGCGGCGGCGGGGGCGGCGCGUCGGUCGGCGCGUCCCACGAGACCUGCUGGUUCGUCCGACGCGCCUUGGCCUCAUUCGAGGAGCUGGAGCAGCUCUAUCGCAAGCUCAAGGAUCCAAGGUCCGAUCGAAAGGGAAGACACCCCGGGUCGGAGACUCGAAACGACGACGUAGAGACCACCGUUGGGCAGAGCUUCGUGGCGAGCCGGGACGUGAGUGCCAAGCCCAAAAGCCACCGUCAGCGGGAGAGUGAUGACGUCAAUCGGAAAGUUGAGGUUGAAGAACAGAGUAAGGGUGGGAAUCGUAUUUUGAUGGAAGAUGGAGGUGAGAUUGCAGAGAGGGUAGGGGUAGAGAUUGAUGAUAAGAAGAAGAAGAAAAAGAAGAGGGAGGAAGAUGGUGAGAGUGAAAUGGGAAACGGAGAGGUAAAGAGGGAGAUUGGUUUUCGAGAUUUCGAGCAAGAUGAGUCACAGAAUAAGAAGAAGAAGAAAAAGAAGAGGGACAAUGUUGAUGAAAAAACUCCACCCCAGAAGGAGGAAGAUGGGGAAAGUGAAAUGGGGAGUGAAGAGGUAAAGAGGCAAGAGAAGAAGAAGAAGAAGAAGAAGAAGAGGAAGAGUGAGGUGUUAGAGAAUGGUGAGAUUGAUGCCUUGGAGGAACAACAGGAGAAGAGAAAGAAGAGGAGAAAAAGUUGAGAAGAUAAACAGUUGUGUUAGUUUUGUUGUGUUUCAGUUUUGCGGAAUUUGAUGAAGAUUUCAAAGGCCAUCUUUGGCUCGGCAGGUUCAGGGUAAUUCUAUGUAGGAUAGAUGCUCAUCCCUAUGUGAUACAAAGGGGAUGUGUUUCUUUGUUAUAUUAUUGAUUGCAAUGGAAAUUCUGCCCAAGUUUUGAUUCCUAAUGUAACUGUUAUUUAGUGUUUUUGCAAUUUCUGCCAAAUGUAUCAAUUGCAAAGUUAUGGAUGUGGCAAUGAAAUACUG